AUGUCUGAGAGACAGCUUCCAUCACCUAAUGAGACUUUAAUUUCAAUCACAAAUGACACAGAAUCAUCAUCAAGCCCUGUUAUUCCAAGUGAUAUUAUAUUUAAAAGACGGACCGGAGCCAACUCUCCAGGAAUAGAAGCUUUGUGUGCUAUCUAUAUCACUUAUGCUGUGAUCAUUUCAGUGGGUAUCCUUGGAAAUGCAAUUCUCAUCAAAGUCUUUUUCAAGACAAAGUCCAUGCAAACGGUGCCCAAUAUCUUCAUCACCAGCCUGGCUUUUGGAGAUCUUUUACUUCUGCUAACUUGUGUGCCGGUGGAUGCAACCCACUACAUUUCAGAGGGAUGGCUGUUUGGAAAAAUCGGAUGCAAGGUGCUCUCUUUUAUCCGGCUCACUUCUGUUGGUGUAUCGGUGUUCACAUUAACAAUUCUCAGCGCUGACAGAUACAGGGCAGUGGUGAAGCCCCUAGAGCGACAGCCCUCCAAUGCCAUCCUGAAGACCUGUGCCAAAGCCGGCAGUGUCUGGAUCGUGUCCAUGAUAAUUGCCCUGCCAGAGGCUAUCUUUUCAAAUGUCUAUAGCUUUCUUGAUACCAAAAAAAAUGUGACAAUUGAAUCAUGUGCCUCCUACCCUGUUUCUGAGAAGAUCCUGCAAGAGAUCCAUUCUCUGCUGUGCUUCUUAGUGUUCUAUAUUAUUCCACUCUCUAUUAUCUCUGUCUAUUACUCUUUGAUUGCUAAGACUCUUUACAAAAGCACUGUGAACAUCCCUACUGAGGAACAAAGUCAUGCCCGCAAGCAGAUUGAGUCCCGGAAGAGAAUUGCCAAAACGGUGUUGGUGCUGGUGGCUCUGUUCGCUCUUUGCUGGUUGCCGAAUCACCUCCUGUAUCUCUACCGCUCAUUCACUUACCAAGCCUACAUUGACCCCUCGGCUGUUCACUUCGUUGUCACUCUUUUCUCUCGGAUCAUGGCCUUUAGCAAUUCCUGUGUCAACCCGUUUGCUCUUUACUGGCUGAGCAAAAGCUUCCAGCAGCAUUUUAAAGCUCAGCUGUUCUGCUGCAAGGCAGAGGUGCCCAACCCUCCCACCAAUGACACCCCUCUUAAUAAUCUUGCUAUGAGGGGCAGGAUCCGGGGUGCUGGGAGUUUACAGGUGUCUGAGAUUAGUGUAGCCUUGUACUCGGGGUGCAGUGAACAGCAUGAAGAAGACACAGUCUAG